UUCUGCUGCAGUUUUUGUGCAGGAAGGCGUUUCCAGCGAUCUACAGUUCGUGUCCCUGUCGAACUGCGUCUACCCUGUCGCUUUCUUUCCAAUGGGAGCUCCCUUUCUGCGGCCGUGGUUUUGGGCAUCCCUCUUAUCCACGGAUCAGCCCCGCCAUUUUGAUCCACACCGGCGCACGUCAGAUCUAGGACUGCGAACCACGCCAGGGGACUUGGUCGUUCUGAAACCGUGUCGGUCGAUCGAAGUGAGUCGAUAAGUCUCAACAGACGGCCUCGGCGAUCAUGAACUCGAGCCGAAACAUAUACAAGAAUGAGGUGGAUUUCCCAGCUCUAGCGUUGCAGUCUGCAGAAUUCGCCAAAUACCUCAAGCCUAAUGGGCAGUUAGAUUUCAAUGACCCGGAUGCCGUCAGGCAAUUGACGAAAAGUCUUCUAGAACGGGAUUUUGGAAUCAAAGUUGACCUCCCAGACGACAGGCUAUGCCCGCCUGUACCAAAUAGACUCAACUACAUUCUCUGGCUGCAAGAUCUUCUUGACACCACGGGAGACGAGUAUCGUGAUGGGUAUGAUCCCGAUAGGGAUGUGCUUGGCCUUGAUAUAGGGACGGGGUGCUGUAGUAUCUAUCCUCUACUCGGCUGUUCUCUACGGCCACGAUGGAAGUUUGCGGCGACUGACAUCGACGAUGCCAACUUUGCAAAUGCGAAGAAGAAUAUCUCCCAGAAUAAAUUAGAGUCACGAAUUCGUGUGGUGAAAAACGACCCUACGGACACCCUCAUUUCACUGGAUGGGAAGUUGGCAGAUAUUGAAAGCCUUGAUUUCACCAUGUGCAAUCCUCCUUUCUAUGCAUCACAAGAUGAGAUGGUUGCCUCUGCGAAAGCAAAAGAGAGAUCACCAUUCUCUGCAUGCACUGGGGCAGAAGUCGAAAUGGUUACCCAGGGAGGCGAAGUGGAAUUUGUGUCCCGCAUGAUCGAGGAUAGUCUGCGCUUGCGCGAGAGAGUUCUCUGGUAUUCCACUAUGCUUGGAAAGCUUAGCAGUGUCUCUAUGAUCGUUGAGAAGUUACUGAAACACGGCAUCCAAAACUAUGCCGUGACGGAAUUCGUACAAGGGUUCAAGACACGCCGAUGGGCUGUGGCAUGGUCAUGGGGUGAUCUAAGACCAACAAUGAAUGUGGCCCGGGGAAUUUCCGGCUUUCCGAAGCAUCUCCUCCCCUUUCCCUCAGAGUUCAGCUUUGAUAUUCCGGAAGAGUCCAUUGAUUCUGUCGGUCAAGCCAUUGACCUGGAGCUCAGUAAACUUCCCAUUCAAUGGAAUUGGCGAAACAGCAUGUCGGUGGGUGUUGGUUUUGCUAUGGAGAAUGUAUGGUCUCGGCAGGCGCGGCGAAAGAUGCAGGCUUUGGCCGCUGAUGGUCAAAAGCACGAAAUUGACGAAGAUACGGCGGCACUGGGGUUCAAAAUUCACCUGAAACACGAUGCCCUUGAGGAAAACGGCGUUCGCGUUCUAGUGAGAUGGCUAAAGGGCAGAGACAGCGUACUUUUUGAAAGCUUCUGCGGAAUGCUCAAAAGAAAGGUCGAGCGGAGAUAGAAUAGAGAUAGAAAAGUUUUAUCGGAAAAGUAGAAAUUUCCAAACAUUAACUAAGA